GCUGAAGUCCGCCCCGGCGUUCACAAUGCCGCGAGCGUCUUCAACUCUCGGCUCUGAACUUUACCUCCCGCUCCGCGCAACGAACAUUCUGCCGCUUUAAGUGCCCGCUGUUUAUCAAACAACAACGACAACAACAACAAACAGCAGCAGCAGCACAUCUAUCACGAGCCAUGUAUUGGCUGGGUCCCGUUGCGCUGAGCGUCAGCCGAGUAGGCCGCACUCGGGGUCCGCGCAGCCUACCCUCUUGCCUAGCGGCUCUGCGGGGUCACGGCGCGCCCUCGGCGGCCGGGGAGUGCAGGGCGGCGGGGUCCGCGCCUCGGCGUGGACCGCGUGAAGACGCCCUUCGCUGCUUUCGGCUGCCGCAGCGCGGGGUCGUUAGGGUGGACGGGAAAGACUCGGCGAGCUUUCUGCAGGGGUUGACGACUGGUGACAUGGCCCCGUUCAUGGAGACUGGCGGUGGCGAUGUUGGUGAAGGUGGUGAUGGUGAUGAAGGUGGUGAUGGUGGUGAUGGUGGUGAUGGUGAUGAUGGUGGUGUUGGUGAUGCUGAUGGUGGUGGUGGUGGCGGUGUUUAUGGACACUUUUUGAACGUGCAGGGACGGGUCUUGUACGACGCUUUGUUCUACCGGAUACAGGUGGCCACUCAGCCCGACCCAAGCAUUCUCAUCGAGUGCGCCUCGAGCAUCAUCCAGGAGCUGCAGAAGCACCUGAAGAUCUACAAGAUUCGGCGAAAGGUCGCCUUGCGCGACCCCGACCCGCCGCUGCACGUCUGGGCAAUCUUGCCGCCCGACGGGCAGCUCCUGCCGCCCCACCUGGGGGUCGCGUUGAAGGUGGACGGGUCGAAGGUCGUGGCGGCGUGCCGAGACCCCAGGACGGAAGCCAUGGGCUGGAGGCUGGUGCUGGACUCUGCGUGCACGCCCGCCGAGUGGCUUCCUGACUGCGAGAUUGGAGAGCUGACGGAUUACAACAAGCAUCGCUACCGGCUGGGCAUCGCCGAGGGCGUCAAGGACCUCCCCCCGGGAGUGGCCCUGCCGCUGGAGUCGAACCUGGUCUACGCCAACGGCGUGAGCUUCAGCAAGGGCUGCUACCUGGGCCAGGAGCUGACCGCGCGCACGCACCACACCGGCAUCAUCCGCAAGCGCCUCAUGCCCGUGUCGCUGCUGCACCUGCCGGAGGGCGCGAGAGUCGUGGAGGGGGCGGCCGUCACGACCGCGGACGGCAAGUCCGCAGGGAAGCUGCGGGCCCACGAGGGCGACGUGGGGCUGGCUCUCGUUCGACUGGCUCACGCUGACGAGCAGCUGCUCGUGAGCGCCGAGGGCGGCCACCAGCUCCAGCUGAAGACGUCCGUGCCCGGCUGGUGGCACAAAGAAGACGGUGGCGACAAGCGACAAAAAUAAAUAAUUUAUUAUAGUUUUUUUCCCACUGGCACAACCAAACUGUGCCCGGACUGUGCCCAAGUGGGCCAGGAGAAGCAUGAGUUUUUUUUUUUUUUCCCCCCUCUCCUCUCUUCUACUUCCCGCACCCCUUCCCCACUGCACAAACGCGAGCUGCGUGUGGCGCGGGUCGAGUUUGCGCGUACGCGCCCGCGGCGAUGUCCGUGUCCUCGCGGCGCAUGCCGGCCGGCGUCUCGCGCAACGGACGAGCCCAGGCGCGUACAGGCGACGGUCGCGCGUGACGGGUAGACGAUGGGUAGGUGGUGGGUAGGCGGUGGGUAGGCGGUGGGGGCAGGGGGCACGCCGCGCGGUGACGAGAUGUUGACUACCUCGCCCGGUAUACAGGAGGUGGUGGGUUCGAUCCCGACCCUUGACGCCUGCUGCUGCUGUAUAUUUGGAGUUUGCGUGUCUCUCUAUACCCACCCCCCCGUGGUCGUGUGGAUUUUUCUCCGGGUUCUCCAUUUUUUUUCUCCCCCCCCCCCCCCCCCCUCCACGUUCAGAAUCGACGUCGCGCGUUUCGAGUAUUUUGGCCGCUGCGAUUGAAUUUCCCCGGCGGUGAUGAGCCGCCUCUCCGUUGAGCUGCCACCGUUUGCGACGGCCAGGGGGGUCGCUUCUGAUACGAAGACCCACGUAGCAGCUCGGUGGGGCCUUGUCUGCUAACAAUGAUGAAAAAAACAUUUUUGGAUUCGUCGUUUAAUUCCCACCCACCACCCCCCUCUACACUUGCGAUGGCAGCGGCCGUACCGCGGUUUUGGCUCGGCCCGGCCCGCCUAACGGCCGGUGGAAAAAACAAAACAAAAAUCCACCCGUGCCGGCUCGGAUGUGCCCCCGCCUACCCCGGGGGAGGGAGAAGGGAAAUCGGUGGCGAGAUGUUGUCGCCCUCCGCGCGGAGAAGAGGAGGUGGCGACGUUGCACAUCGGGCCUUCUUGGGUUGGGUUAGGAAAACGGCCGGGGAGCGGUUUGCACUACGAGGGAGCAGCGACGCUCUGUUGCCUCCGGCGUUUGUGAGUGGAGCUCCGCUCGGGGAUUUCGUUUCUCGCCCCUCCCCGCCCCCCCGCGCACAACCACGUCCCGGUGUGCCUCGCACUGUGGCCGCCGCGGCUACUCGUCGCUUGCCACCUACUCCACGUUCUGCCGGGGACCCUCUAAGUAUUUCUGCGUCCUGCACUCCACGUCCACGACGCCACUCGCCCGGGCUGUGGCUACCAGGCACGAGGCCAUCUCCGCUGCUGCUGCUCCACCAGCGACAUGGAAACAACAAAUGUUGAAAAGUUAAACAGCCCCCCCUCCCCGCCCCCCCCCACCCCGCUGUAUGAAUUCAUGCACUUAUUUACUAAAGUCUCUGGAAAUUGAAGGGGCUAAAAAGUUGAAGGAUGCUGCUGUUGGGAAUUGAGUGCCAUUAUCCACCUGAGCAAUUCAACCCCCCCCCCCUCCCCCCCCCCGAGGGCAUUGUUGUUGUUGUUGCUGCUGGCAAUCGUUGCUGUUGCUGCACCGUUUUCCAUGCAAACCAAUUGACGUGCCAGCCCCAACCCCCAAUACGGACAAAUCUGACCCAUCCCACCUUGCCCCAUUCGCCGCUAACUUUCAACGGCGGUGCCCAGUCGCCGUUCGCCGUUCAAACGGCGCUUUUCGGCAAAAACUCCGUUGUCCGCUGGCCUGCCCGGAGCCCUCCCCGGUCACCGCGUCUCCGUGCCAGCGUCGCAACGGGGCGGAUCGCGAGCGAAACCGCGUCGCGGGCGACGGUUCCUGGCAACGGUCGCUCGGGACGUUUGGUGCACCGUCGCGCACGGCUCGAUUAAGUUCUGAUGGGGUGGGGGGGUUGCCCCCGGGGAAUUGUUUUGGGUGAUGCCACUACCACUACUGUGUUGUUCACCUUUGAAUAUUAUUUAAGUUCCGAGUUUUUUUUUUGUAAGUACAGGGACUGCUCUACUUACGAACGAGUUAGGUCCCAGAGGUGCUGUUCGUGAGUCGAUUUGUUUGCAAGUCCAACUUUACUGUCGAUUCCUAACGCGUUUGUACGGCGUGUUCACUAAACACGGGGAAUGGCUUUAAAAGUUGUAUCUCCUGCAGAUGUAGAUGCCACUGGUUCUCCACAUUCUGAAGAUGUAGAUGCCACUGGUUCUUCACGUCCUGUAGAUGCCACUGGUUCUUCACGUUCUGUAGAUGUAGAUGCCACUGGCUCUUCACGUUCUGCUGAUGUAGAUGCCACUGGUUCUUCACGUCUACAGAUGUAGAUGCCACUGGUUCUGCAGUUGUAGAUGCUACUGGUUCUUCACGUUCUGUGGAUGUAGAUGCCACUGGUUCUUCACGUUCUACAGAUGUAGAUGCCACUGGUUCUUUACGUUCUACAGAUGUAGAAGCCACUGGUUCUUCACGUUCUGUAGAUGUAGAUGCCACUGGUUUUUCACGUUCUGCAGAUGUAGACGCCACUGGUUAUUCACGUUCUGCAGAUGUAGAUGCCACUGGUUCUUCACGUUCUGCAGAUGUAGAUGCCACUGGUUCUUCACAUUCUGCAGAUGUCGAUGCCACUGGUUUUUCACGUUCUGCAGAUGUAGAUGCCACCACUGCCAUCUCUUGCGUGGCGGUUGAACUUAACGACUCUCGGUUCGUAUCUCUGUAAGUUUGUAAGUCGAAUGUUCGUAAGUCGAUGAGUCCUUCUACGUACGUCCGUUGAACUUCUUUUGCACCGUACGUAGCCAACGGCGGCUCGAUCGUGCGGUGAGCGCGCACUGGGCGAAGGGCAACGAAAACUGAAACGCACAAAUCGGUUCGAAGGAAGUUGAGUCUUCAACGUGGCUUUAAAAGCGCGUAACGGAAAUAAACCCGGGCCUUGUUCACUUUGA